AUGUCCUCGCCGACAAAACUGAAUCAACAGCAGAAUACAAGUUCAAGUUCAUCAGCUCCAGUUCACCAUCCUUCGUCCGCCCCGCGUGGGUCAUACGGUGGCGGUAGGGAUUCUCGUUCCAGAGGGAAAUCUCCCCACCAGACAAGGCAUUCUUCCCAAUCGUCAUCCACCUUAACUUCGCCACAAUGUGCUCCUAGCACGUCGUUAUCAUCGACAGACUCUCCUUCAAUUCUACCACACUCGUUAGCUGGGUUGACACUGGGCCCGUCAUCUGGUGGCCCCCUUCAAUUGGUUUCAAUACCGCCUAUUUCUAGGUCCGGUUCCGGGUCCGAGAGUAGUCAUGACUCCCAUCCACAGUUCUUUAGUACACCGCCAUCUGCCAGUCCCGUUUCACGCAUAGGGCCGAAUCCCUUGGGAUCUAGAAUGUACAGCAAUCUGAACGCAAGAAUGCCGAAUAUCGAGGAGAAAGGUAGUCCACUAGACACGGAUCACCAGAUAAAUGGUGUAGGGAACGAUAUGGUUGCUACAGUCAGAUUUGGGAAAACUUCCAAUGAUUCAAUAUCCAUCAACUCGGCGGCAAUGACCGAAACGACUAGUGGAGAUGGAUAUACGAAUCUAAAUCUAAUGUAUUCGAUUAACUAUAUGCAUGUCUACAGAGCGCAGUCAAAAUCAACUUCAGCCCCGAUGCUCCUGAAAACGGCAGACGCUAACAAUGUCGACUCACUGACUCGGCUGAGAUGGGAAUGGAAGCUAUUUUCUGGCUCAAAUGCGGAACCUGGGUCUCUUAAUACCAUUUUACAACAUUCUGUUCCAGGAAGUUCAGUCGCUUCGCCAUCUCCUCAUUCACAGCGAGGGGUACUACUGCCAUCACACUCGAGUUCAUCUAAUUACUCGCUAUCGAACCUCUCAAGUCACCCGAAUAUCGCUAGCCCAAUGUUAAUGGAUUAUUUCCCGGACGGUGCUAUCAGUUUAGUUUAUGAUGAUCAACGGGGAUAUCAAACAGCAAAGGAAUGGUUUUUACCCGAAAGGAAGGUAAUGGAAGAAGAUCCUAAUCUUCAACCGCUAGAUACGCCGUACGAGACACCUUUAAUGGAACCAGUAGCUAGAGGGUCGAGGACAUCUUCGAUAGCAACGAUAACUGCACCAUCACCUCCCCCUCCACCGUCGAAUAGAGCGCCGACGCCAAAGCCCAGGACCCAGAACGACUUGAUUGGUAUCUUAAACGUUGUUUAUGAUAUCGUGAAUGUAUUGGGCGUAAUACACUCACUAGGAAUUAUUCAUAACAAUGUGAACCCUUAUACAAUACUAGUAACUCCGGGGACCCCGCCGAAGGGUUACCUGUUCGGUUGGCACCUCGCGACUCGCCACGGCCGGGACGAGGUCACACAUGACCAUACGGGAACAAUAAUUGCCUUACGGGAUAAUCCGAGUCCGCUACAGUAUAUCGCUCCAGAGUGUACAGGUCGGAUGAACCGGGUAGUCGAUUACCGAGCCGAUUUCUACUCGUUAGGUAUCACCAUGUAUGAACUCUGCGUUGGAUUUCUACCUUUCAGAGCAGUUGAGCCCUUAGAGCUUAUCCAUCAGCAUAUUGCGAAGCCGCCAGCCGCACCAUCAGAAGCCAACCAAUCGAUACCAAUUACUGUUUCAAAAGUCAUCCUCAAACUCCUAGAGAAAAAUGUUGAGGAUCGGUAUCAGACCGCGAGUGGCCUGCAGGCGGAUCUAGAAGUACUGAUAAAACGACUAAACGAGGGCCUCGGCCUGGAUGAUUAUAUAAUAGGAGAAGCGGAUGCAAAUAGUCAAUUUUCGGUUACGGAUAAGUUGUAUGGCCGAGAAAAUGUACUGAAGUCACUUCAGGAUUCGUACACAGCCGUAAAAGAGAAGCGGUCGAGCGCCUUGGUAUUGAUCGGGGGAAGUAGCGGAACCGGUAAGAGCAGGUUGGUUCAGGAGGUUCAGAAAACUGUUGUCAAAAACAAGGGAUACUUUACUAGUGGGAAAUUUGAACAAUACAAGCGGAACACGACCUUCUUCAGUCUGAUACAAACUCUCCAAGAUCUAGUCCGACAAGUGCUUUCCGAGAGUAUACAGAAUCUCGAAAAGUGGAGGGUGGAUGCAAUCCGAGCGCUUGACGGGGAGUCUUUGGUAUUGCUCGAGGUGAUCCCAGAGAUGAAAUUGCUACUGGGUCCGGACUAUAAACCAGACGUACUCGCAGCGUUGGGACCAUCUGAGCGAGAACAACGAUUCCGGACAGUCUUUGUGAGGUUCCUGUCGAUAUUUGCGAGGCACAGCUUGGUCGUUUUCCUAGACGAUUUGCAAUGGUGCUCGAGUACGGAGUUCAACUUGAUAGCCAAUAUUGCGGCGCAAGCAAAUUCAAAUGGGCAGGGGCAGAGUAUCCUUAUAGUUGGUGCAUAUCGAAACAACGAAGUAACAGCCGACCAUCCGCUCUACGCUAUGGUUGACAGAGUAAGGAAGCAUGGGGUACCGGUCAACGACUUGGAAAUCGCGGAUCUUGAUAUUGAGAGUGUUGGGAAGAUUGUGGCAGAUACAUUUCAUCGACCUUUCCCGCCUAUACUAACCGACCUAGAGGUGUACGAGACGGAGGAAUCCGGGGAACACGCCUCACAGCAUACCGCCCGACCGCAUGACGCUGAACUACGAACGCUAACAGAGCUAGUUUUUGCAAAAACUCACGGAAAUGCGUUCUUUGUUACUCAACUACUGAAGAGUCUUCACCGCGGUGGCCACAUCUGGUUUGAUUUCAACGAACGAAUAUGGAGGUUUUCGCUGUCAACUAUCGAAACGGAUGAGCUACCCGACGGAGUCGUUGACCUUCUUGUGAAGCAAAUGAUGAGUCUAGGCGAAGAAACAAGGGAAAUAAUGACGGUUGCUGCUUGUCUGGGCCAUGGGAAGAUCUCGAUCGAAACGCUGUCAAUUGCAUGCGGGAAGACCUUGGAACAGGCGGAGGAAUCGCUAUGGGGUGCUCUCGACGCCGGAUUGAUGUUGCCUAUGAACACACAAUACCACGCGGGCUUAACACAUGAAGUUACUUCUCAACCUGAAGGUGGAGGAAUAACACCUUAUAUGGCUAAUCGGUACCCUGCUGUACCCGCCGACCUAACACAGGCCGUCACAUAUCGCUUCCUCCACGACCGAGUACAACAAGCGGCUUAUUCCCUUAUCCCAGAAGAUCAGCUGCAACAGGUCCACAGAACUAUCGGAACCAGGCUCUUUGCUAAUACCAGUACCGACAAAAUGGACCUCAUGAUUUAUGAGAUAACGAAUCAUCUGAAUUAUUGGCAGGGUCCGUUAACUCGGGAGGAGUCUCGCAAGCUGAUUACUCUCAACUUCGAGGCAGGGAAACGAGCAUUGCAAACUACCGCUUUCAACACCGCGCUAAACUACUUCAACCAAGCCAGGAAACUCCUUGACGAAGGAAAUGAAGACGAGGAUAACUAUAUGGAGGACGCCUUGGGAGUUAUCAGGAAGGUGAACGUCGGUGAGCUGCGACUCAAUGUUACAAUGUCGUUGGCCGAAGCUCAAUUCGCGGAAUCGGACUAUGAGGCUGCUAUCCAGACGAUACAGAAGUUGCUAGAUGACUGUACUCUCUCCGUGAACAAAAGUCGAUGCCUUUUGCUCAAAAUGAAAUAUCUUAUGGCGAUGGGAAGACUGCAGGAUACCACUGCUGCGGGACUAUCUGCAUUGUCGCUGCUAGGAUAUUACAUCCCUGAGGAUGAUGCAAGCUGCAAGAAACAUGCAGCGGCGCUGCGCACUUCCUGUGAACUUGAUUCUAUCGACCUUUCACAAGUCAAAGUGAUGGAAAACCGAAAGCACAGUAUCGCUGAUAUUCUUUUACACGAAAUCUGCGCCGGGGUCCUCCUUCCGAUAUAUAUGUCGCGGCCGGAAUUGUUACCGUCGAUCUGCCUAACAUCCUUCCGCGCAACCCUUAAGUCAGGCGUUUGCAUUGAGAGUGCAUAUCCGAUGGUUAUGCUUGCGGUCAUGAUCAGUGGGGAGGGUGGGGAGCAUAAUUUGGCGCUCUCUUGGAAAUUAGGGCAUAUGGCAGUGACUCUGGUGGAGAAGGAGAUGCACCAUGUUACUCCUACCAACGCCCCCGCCAUCUUCCAGGUCUUCGCAGGACACAUUGCUUGUUUUCAUAGAGGGAUGAGCGACGUUCUCAAAUACGAGCACCUAGCCCUAGUCACAGCACAAGCCAUCUUUGAAGUAGACUAUCAGGGCUUUGCGUCUGCAGAAAUCCCCGCCUUUUCAAUGCUUUCUGGGGAAAGAUUGGAAUCAGUUGCUCAGAAAAUGAACACGAACAGGGCUUCAACUGUCCGACAAAACUACCGACUAGGCGAAUGGUGGCUCCGAAUGCCGUAUCAAGUUCUUCUCAACCUCCGAGGACUUGGGAACCCCAACCCAGCUAAGUUGGAAGGCGUCGAAAUGACACAAGAUGAUCUCAACUCCCUAAUGUGCAGUGAGAGCGUCAGCCAUCUAUACGUUCUAAAUCUCUACAGACUUAUCCUCGCGGUCUUUUUUGGCGACAUGGAUGCGGCGUACGAGAGUGUCAUGAAAGGCACAAGGCCCCAGUCUGUCUUUAUGAUUUCGUCGAUAUACCUCUCUUGGUCGCAUUUCUAUGGUGGGUUUGCCCUUAUCGACCGACUGGACAAGCUAAUGCCAGAUGAGAUUAAGUAUCUUCAUGAUACUGUGAAACAACUAAAGGAUUGGUCGUUAUAUGCUAAGGAAACUUUCCUUCAUAAAUACCUCGCACUUGAGGCAGAGCUUCACAAAGAUACCGAAAGUACGCUCACAACAUUGGAUCGGUUUGAGGAAGCUAUCCAACUUGCGAAUCAAUCGCAGUUUUACCACGAAGCAGCCUUGAUAAAUGAGAGAUGCGCAAUAUGGCUCUCGAAACUAGGCACGAAGCGCUGGCUGUUUUACCUGAGGGAAGCCUACAAGCUGUAUUCGUGGUGGGGGGCUAAUGCUAAGCUGCAAGCUUUGAGAAAUGCCUACAGCGAAGAACUAGGCAUGAAAUUUAGGCAUGCAAUGCCUCCCAGCCGUUACAGUGAUGCCGAUCUCCCAGUUUCUGCCGUCCGCCCUGGUUUGUCGAGGAAUACAAGCGAAAGCGCGAUGCAGGCACCGCAUCAACUCCAGGCUGGAUUUGCAAAUAUUUCCCCCAGAGCUUCCAAGAAUGUCAUUCAAGACGACGAUGAAUCCCAUGUUUCACGGUCGUCCAAUAUUGAGCCAUUCGCGGAAUCGGAGUUGGACUACAAAACCUUUAUGAAGGCAUCAUUGUACAUCAGUGAAGGCGUCCAGAUGGAUGAGGUUGUCGUAAAGCUCAUGAAAAGCGUCCUACAGACUGCCGGGGCGGAUUAUGGAGUUUUGAUACUAGAAGAGGAUGGUGAUCUUUAUGCUGAAACGAUUCUCUUCAUGGAGAAGGUUACAAUUCUUGAUCACCAACCCCUAAACGCUCGCCCAGAUCUUGUCCCUCUUUCGAUCGCAUCGAUCGUUUGGAAACUCGGCGAACCAAUUGUCCGAAAUGGCCACGAUGAGAAAUUCGACGGGACAUAUGGUCGAGACGCAUAUUUCUCCACAAAACACCCCAAGUCUGUUCUCUGCAUGCCGAUCCAGAACCAGAUAAAAACCAUGGGCGUUCUUUACCUCGAGAACAAGCAUGUGAACCACGCGUUUACUUCGCAGAGAUUGGAAUUGCUGAAUCUCCUCUGCACACAAGCCGCUGUAACAAUAGACAAGGCACGGCUUUACCGGGCAAUGGAGUUGGCAAAGAAGGCGGCAGAGGAAGCUACGGAAGAAAAGUCGUCUUUCCUGGCCAACAUGUCCCAUGAAAUCAGAACUCCGUUCAAUGCUCUCCUUUCCUACGCAAUUUUCCUUUUAGAUACCACUCUAACUGACCAGCAGCGCGAGUAUGUGGAAACAAUUCGUAACUCGGCUGUCCUAACGUUGAAGAUUAUUGAUGGAAUCCUGGACUUCUCCAAGAUGGAGCAUGGGCCCGUGGACCUCCAAAAAUCACCUUUUUCGUUGCGAGACUGCAUAGAGAGCGCUUUACAGCUCAUUGCGGAACCGGCUGCCACAAAAGACCUUGAGCUUGUGUUCGAGAACAAGUGCCCUACGGUUGAGGUCGUCCUCGGGGACGUUACAAGGUUCCGGCAAAUCAUUAUCAACCUUGUUGGGAAUGCAGUGAAGUUUACCGAAAAAGGCCACAUUCUUGUGACGGCAUGGGUCGAGCACCUGAACCAGGCAACCAGUAACCAAGACGAUGAUGGAAAGGUUCGGAUAAACGUGACAGUCAACGAUACCGGCAUCGGAAUUCCAUUGAAAGCCAGGGAAAAACUUUUUCGGGCAUUCUCGCAGGUGGAUUCCUCGACACGGCGGCUUUAUGGUGGGUCGGGACUGGGGCUGGCGAUUUCGAAGAAAUUGGCUCAGUCAAUGGGUGGAGACAUUGUCUUGGAAAGCGUGGAAGGGCAAGGGUCCACAUUCCACCUUACAAUUUUAGCCCCCAUCGGAAUCAAGGAGCCUCAGUUGGACAAACGAUUGGUGGGCAAAAAGGUACUCAUUGCCGAUCCCCAUGAGCUGUCCUCCAAGACCCUUGAGAAGGAGCUUUCCCGAGAAGGCCUGGUGAUUACCCGAACCGACACGGUUAUCUCAACAAUGACGGCCAUACGGAGCGGAGGAAUCCGGGUCGCGAUCAUCGACUUUUCGCUGGACGAGAGCUUGCGCAUUGCGGCCAGCAUCAGUAAAAUCGAUCCUUCGGUUAAGAUUAUACUGCAAGCGCGGUUCGGGACAACGGUGCCGGCUCUAGAUCAACAUAAAAAUGUGACCGCCUCGAUUGUGCGGCCGGCCCCGCGCCAGCGGUAUAUCCAGAAUAUUCAAGAAGCGCUAGACCCAAGGAAGCGAGAGCCAAUCAAAGUCGAAGACCCGGAGCAGGAGAUGAUCCGAUCUUUGGGGAGUAGACACCCGCUGCAUAUCCUGCUCGCCGAAGACAAUCCGUUGAAUACGAGGGUGGCUUUGCAACAUCUAAAGCGCAUGGGGUACACUGCGGCACAUGCGAAGGAUGGGAUUGAAGUCCUUGAGAUGGUGGAGGUCGCGGCUAGUGAGAACAACCAGUAUGAUGUCAUAUUAAUGGAUGUUCAAAUGCCUCGCAGCGACGGUAUCGAAACCAGUAGAGAAUUAAUGAAGCGAUAUCCGGAUUCGCAGAGACCUACGAUCAUUGCAUUGACUGCGAAUGCUACUCCCAGUGAUCGUGAGAAGUGUUUGCAGGCUGGAAUGUUGAGUCAUAUAGCUAAACCGAUAAAGCCGGAUGAUUUGGCGGCAGCACUGAUGUCGACGAAGCCGAUGGUUCGAUCCAGAGGCGGAAGUCUAGGUAGUCCUUCUGUAAGUGAUGCAGGAAGUGGUCGACAGGAUCAGGAGGUAACGAAGGGCUUUUAA